AUGGUGUCUGUCCUCUCAUGGUGUCUGUCCUCUCAUGGUGUCUGUCCUCUCAUGGUGUCUGUCCUCUCAUGGUGUCUGUCCUCUCAUGGUAUCUGUCCUCUCAUGGUGUCUGUCCUCUCAUGGUGUCUGUCCUCUCAUGGUGUCUGUCCUCUCAUGGUGUCUGUCCUCUCAUGGUGUCUGUCCUCUCAUGGUGACAGAGGAGAGAGGACAGAGGACAGAGGACAGAGGAGAGAGGAGAGAGGAGAGAGGACAGAGGAGAGAGGACAGAGGAGAGAGGAGAGAGGACAGAGGAGAGAGGAGAGAGGAGAGAGGACAGAGGAGAGAGGACAGAGGAGAGAGGACAGAGGAGAAAGGAGAGAGAACAGAGGAGAGAGGACUGAGGACAGAGGAGAGAGGACAGAGGAGAGAGGACAGAGGAGAGAGGAGAGAGGACAGAGGAGAGAGAACAGAGGACUGAGGAGAGAGGAGAGAGGACAGAGGAGAGAGGAGAGAGGACAGAGGAGAGAGGACAGAGGAGAGAGGACAGAGGAGAGGGGACAGAGGAGAGAGGAGAGAGGACAGAGGAGAGAGGACAGAGGAGAGAGGACAGAGGAGAAAGGAGAGAGAACAGAGGAGAGAGGACUGAGGACAGAGGAGAGAGGACAGAGGAGAGAGAACAGAGGACUGAGGAGAGAGGAGAGAGGACAGAGGAGAGAGGACAGAGGACAGAGGAGAGAGGACAGAGGAGAGGGGACAGAGGAGAGAGAACAGAGGAGAGAGGACAGAGGAGAGAGAACAGAGGAGAGAGGACUGAGGACAGAGGAGAGAGAACAGAGGAGAGAGGAGAGAGGACAGAGGAGAGAGGACAGAGGAGAGAGGACAGAGGACAGAGGAGAAAGGAGAGAGAACAGAGGAGAGAGGACUGAGGACAGAGGAGAGAGGACAGAGGACAGAGGAGAGAGGACAGAGGAGAGAGGACAGAGGAGAGAGAACAGAGGAGAGAGGACAGAGGAGAGAGGAGAGAGAACAGAGGAGAGAGGACUGAGGACAGAGGAGAGAGGACAGAGGAGAGAGGACAGAGGAGAGAGGACAGAGGAGAAAGGAGAGAGAACAGAGGAGAGAGGACAGAGGAGAGGGGACAGAGGAGAGAGAACAGAGGAGAGAGGACAGAGGAGAGAGGAGAGAGAACAGAGGAGAGAGGACUGA